AUGUCGCACGAGGAGCAGGCAGACGCCGCAUUCGACGACGCCUACAGGUCCGCACGCAUCCUCGCCGGCGACGACCCAGCCACCCUCCCCGAUCCUUACCGCCGCUCCUCGACCGCCACCACUCGUUCAAAGCGCUCCCAGCCGCCCCCCGCCGACGCCGGUGGAGGAGCGGGAGGUUUCCUCCCCGAAGAUGGCAAUGAUGAUGACGGUGCAGCUUUCGCAGGAGGCGGUGGCUUCCUGCCCGAGGACGACGAUGAAGCAGGCGGGACCCACGACCCCGACGCAGCACCCAUCUCCAAGCCGCACCACCUCGUCCUCUCGGCCGUCCCAGACGCGCUCGCCAACCUCGGUCUGCCCUCCAACGACCCGGACGUACUCGACCUCUUCGCAUCCACCGCCUACCUCCCGCCCUCGGCCUCCCGUCGCCGCAACGCACCGGGCGCGGCGGCCGUCGAAAAGGUCGUGGGAAGAGACGAGUUCAGGCAGGUCGUCGCCGUCCUCCUCUCCCAGCAGCCACACUCGGAUGCGAGCAAAAGCCGGCAGCAGGAAGCGGGAUCGAGUAGGAGACCCACGAGAAGAGCGGCUAGGAAGACCAGAGGCGCACUGGCAGAGGAGGCGGGAGGCGGGGAUGACGAUGACGACAGCGCCGAAGAGUUUCAGGACCCGGAUGGGGACAGCGCAUCGGAGCUCAGCCAGCCCGACGACGACGACGACGACGAGGUCGAUUACGCCACAGCCGCCACGUCCUCCCCAUCCAAGCGCCGGGCACGCGGUGGGCACGGCAAGAAAGAGGACCGGACGGGCGCAGCAGGCGGCGUGCGGCGUAAACGUCGCAAGGCCGCCGCAACUUCCUCCCCAUCCCCUUCCGACGACGACGACGACGCAAAGGCGGGGGGUACGACCAAGCUCAGCGCCGACCAGCGUGACCAGGCGUUGGCCGCAUUCGAGCUCUUUCUCGAACGCCUCCCCGCCCACUCUGGCCCGAGCAAUCCGGCAGCGAGGAGGAUCGGCUUCCGCGACAUCCAGACUAUCGCCGGCGUGCUGGGCGAAAAGCUGAGCGACAAGGACAUUGAAGAAAUGCUCAGCGUAGCGAGUAGCCUGUUCGCGCCCGCCUCUUCGGCUUCAGCCACGCGCCUCUCCGCCCAGAGGGCCAGGGAAGCCGCACAGGGCGCCGCAUCCGCUUUUGCGCAGGGGCCCAUGGCGGACGAGAGGGAAAAGGUCACCGUCGGCAUCGAUGAGUUCGCAGGUGUCUUGGUCAAGGCCAAACUUCUCUGA